GAAUUUCUUUAAAUGAAAUUUAUAUAUAAAAAAUCACAUCACCUCAUAUUUAUAUCACAAGAGAAAUGGAUGUAUAGGCAUUCAUGUACACUGCUUCUCUAACACACAGACGAAACUUCUCUUGCUCUUUCUCAAUAUUCCAGUCACUUCCCGGUGACAACUCCGACCAAUACUCCGUCCAUAGAGUUUUGAAGUCGUUUCGACUUCGAUAAUACAAAACAGUGAUGACAAGAGAAUGAGAAACCAUCGACGGCGAUCAUGUCACUGCCGUGCUCCGAUUGCUUCACCGACCUACUCUGUUGUGAGGAAUCAUCAGAAAUUUUCUCCGGCGAGUCGCCGGAAUGUUCAUCGGACCUCGAAUCUUCAGCAUGUAUCGAAGAAUCUAUUGCCAGUUUUAUUGAGGAUGAGAGGAACUUCGUUCCUGGAUUCGAUUACUUAUCUCGCUUCCAAUCUCGCUCUCUCGAUGCAUCGGCGCGCGAAGAAUCCGUUGCAUGGAUUCUCAAGGUGAAAACAUACUAUAGAUUCCAGCCAUUGACGGCUUAUCUGUCAGUCAACUAUUUGGACCGAUUCCUUUAUUCCCGUCCAUUGCCGCAAGCAAAUGGAUGGCCAAUGCAUCUUUUAGCCGUGGCUUGCUUGUCAUUAGCAGCUAAGAUGGAGGAAGCUCUGGUUCCUUCGCUAUUGGAUCUUCAGGUUGAAGGUGCCAAAUAUAUUUUUGAACCCAGAACAAUCCGCAGAAUGGAACUUCUCGUUCUUACUGUGUUGGAUUGGAGGCUACGAUCCGUAACACCGUUUAGCUUUCUCGGUUUCUUCGCAUGCAAGAUCGAUCCAACGGGAACUUACAUUGGGUUUCUGAUUUCACGGGCAACGGAAAUCAUCUUGUCUAAUAUGCAAGAAGCAAGUUUUCUUGAGUAUUGGCCAUCAAGCAUUGCUGCCGCAGCUAUACUUUGUGCAGCAAAUGAAAUACCAAACUUGUCUCUCGCUAAUCCUGAACAUGCUGAAUCGUGGUGCGAUGGACUAAGCAAAGUAAGGAGAUACGUAUUUUUACAUACAAUACCUAAAAUGAUUAUGAUUAUAGUUGCGAUUGGGCGUCUCCAUGUUUACAAGUACAAACUCGUGUCCCAACUCCCAAGUACAUCCAAUUUUUUGCAGGAAAAGAUCAUCGGCUGCUACCAGUUAAUGCAAGAUCUUGUGCUUGACAACAGCCGGAGGAAACCUCCAAAAGUCUUACCGCUGCUUAGAGUAACAAUCCGGGCCAGAACGAGGUCCCUUGACUCAUCUUCUUCUCCAUCUUCAUCUUCAUCCUCAUCCUCAUCUUAUAAAAGGAGAAAAUUAAAUAACUGCUUAUGGGUGGACGAUGACAAAGGAAACCCCGAUUGAGGGCAUAAAAAAAUGGAGGAAAAAAGAAAGGAGAGGAAUAAAAAAAAAUAAAGGAAACAAAUUAUGGUGGUCCAAUCUAUAUAGAAUCCUCAAAAAUAUUUUGUUGGAAGGUUUUGAGGGAAAAAUUGACUCAGUGAUGCAGAUUACUUUGUGUAUAUAUGUGUGAACUAGAGUUUGGUGAGUUUGGAGAUUGAUUAAUUUUUUUUUGGUGGGGUUUGCCAUUGAAUAUAUAUUAAUGGCAUUGCAGAUUCCCAAGGGAGGGGGGUUUGUUUACCUUAAUAAUUUUGUGUGAGAAAGUUAGAAGAAGAGAGAGAAAGCUUAUGUUUUAAAUAGUAGUCAUAGAGCUAGUGUGAAAGAAGUGGGGUGAUGAAAUUCAAUGGCAGCAUUGAUUAUUGAAUGAAAGGGAGGAGAUGGUGGGACCUUAAAUGGGCAAAGAAAUUCAAAAGGGUUAGCGAAAAUAAGGGAUUAAGCUUUAGAAGUUUGGGCUGUUCAUAGAAAACAAGUAAGCUUCUCAGAUACUGGCCACCAUCAUUUUCAUCGCUCCGUCUUUUGAUGGGAAGAAACUCCAAUAAAAAGGAAAAAUAAUAAUAUGGCUCUAUCCACACAUGAUAUGAUAUGUUUAUAGAUUUUGAGAGUGGCUUGUGUGCACAUGCUCUAGGAGGUGCAUGGCACACACGUGUGUAUGUGUGCUUUUUUGGCGGGAAUUGCCUCUUAUAAAUGGCCUUUGAGACCUUGGCCUAACCAUACUACUAGAAUAUUAACCACAGGGCUUGUGGUUACACGUGUGUAAACUUUUCUUAAUUUCCUUUUCAUUUCCUUUAAAAUUUUUUCUUUAUUUUUAUUAUUAUUUUUUUUUUCCCAAAGAGGAGAAACCUCUUACGAGGCCUAUCUUUGGACUGGCAAUUGGCAAAUACAAAGGUCUUUGGGGCCUUUCACGCGUGCUUGUAUCAGAUUCUGAUUAAUAUAAUAAUCCAAAUAUAUAUCUUUCUUUCAA